CCUAGAUCAGCAAUCGAAGUUAUGGCAAUCGACCACACAAGCCUCUACGUCCCCGAAGCCCAAUUCCAGGCCUGCCUGGCCUUCUACCUGGCUGCCCUCAAGCCGCUGGGCUACGAGGUCCGCUACCAAUUCGGCGAGUUCAUCGUGGGGCUUGGCUCGGUCCACGACGACAUCGGCAGCUACCGCAAAGCCGAUUUCUGGGUGCUUGGGUCCCAGACCGUCUCCGAGCGCGCGGCGCACAUUGCGUUUACUUGUCACGACCACGCGACCGUGGACGCGUUCCACGCCGCCGGAGUCCAGGCCGGGGGCACGGACAACGGGGCCCCCGGAUUGCGGCCGGAUUACCACGCCACGUACUAUGGGGCUUUCGUGCUGGAUCCCGCGGGGAAUAACCUCGAGGCGGUGAAUCAUGGGCUUCUUCGUUGAUAGGGAAUUUCCCUGGUAGGGAAUGAUGGCGGUCCCGGGGGGGGUGCGGGGGGGGUUUGGAUGUCGAGUCUCUCUCAAUCCUUCAUCAGCUCGAGGCUAUCACAGAUGGGUAAGCCCAGUUGCGGCAAAGCGUCUGUGACUCAAUCAUAAUCAAUCAUAACAACGUUCUUGCCUUGACUGCUAUCUG